AUGCGUUCUGCUAUAGUAUUUGUAGCUCUUGCCCUAUCGAGCACUGCUCACAGGGUCGCAGGUAGCGCCUGUAAGCCUCGAUUUAGCAACACCAUUCCCACACUCGCUUCUUCAACCACCGAGUCAACCAGCACAACGAUACCCACCGACAAUGCCGCGCUUCCGUCGGUCCGAAACCUGGCUGCCAAUGGAAAUAUGGCCGAUAUUGAUCCAAGCGACCCUCUCAACGUCCCUGACUGGGGUGUCAUUAACGAUGCGAAGAUUGUUGGAGGUCAAGGGCGUGAGGAGCCUAGAAGCACUGAACGAGGUGCCUGUGCGAUGAGCGCCGCGAAUAUAAGGCUUGAUAAACGAGCUGUCGGAUCUGGUGUCAGCAUGUCGCAAACUAUGAGUGACCUUGAGGUUGGGACGACCUAUACUAUUCGUUUUUACUAUCGAGUUGUUAUGUCGCAGGGCGUCACGGAUUGUCAGUUGUCUGCUCAAUUUGGAAAUUACCUUCUUACACGGGACUCCAUCUCCAGCAGUGACGUUUCCGAUGCUUGGACGGAAGUUCUCGAGACUGCCGACGCGGAAGUGAGCACCUCUGCUCUCAAAAUCCAAAUGGAGUGUGAGGGCGGUAGUGCUACUAUCCUAUUGGACUCCGUUUUUGUCUCUAACAAAGUUACUCCCGACACUAUUGAUCAGUUUAUUGUUGACUUUGGUAACAAUGGCAGUGGUGCCAAUCCUCCUCUUGUAGAGAGUCCCCAAACCACUGCAUCUACUGAGCCAGCAUCAUCCAUCGAGCCUACAAAAACCGAGCCAGAACCCACGUCGGGAACUACCGCAACUGCGGUUGAGUCUCCUUUCUGUUCCAAGGCCCUCAACGGAGGCUGUUGGUGGAAGGGAUUCUCGGUUGGUUGUGAAAGCCGUGGAUCGUGGCCUGGUCCUGAUGGUCAAGGCAGGCUUGUUCCUCGACCAGACAACUACCCCGAGCCUCUAAGCCAGCUGUGGUGUGUAGGCUGGUGCUCACUUUCUCCCGGUUGCAGGUCUGCGGCCUACAAUCCGGUCGACCGAUCUUGUCGCUUUUCCGAGUUUGCCGUUCAAGACUCGAACUUCGUACCAGGCCCUGAUGCCCACGUUGACACUGAAGGUGUUUACUACUGGCAUGAUCUAUCAUGUUUUAACUGUCCCUGUAAUGACGGCGACGAACCUGACGCUGGAUCUGUUGUCACCACAACUUCCACGCUCGUCACUGAGACAACCACGCAAGCCAUUCAACCUACGUCGCCAUCCAGUCCUGCUGUGAGACUUCUCCCUGCAUCUACGUGCCCUAAAUCCUUGAAUGACGGAUGCACAUGGAAUGCGGCUUCCCAAGGGGGCAGUCUCAUCACCUGUCAGUACCGAGGUCGAUGGCCAGGCGCCGAUGGCGUUGGAUAUGCCGUCGAGAAACCGAGAGACUAUCCCAUGGCGUUGAGCCAAUCGUGGUGUGUUGCUUGGUGUUCACUUUCGCCAGGCUGCCGGUCUGCAGCCCAUAUCCCUAAGGACCGGUCUUGUCGAUUUUCGAGCCAUGCCGUUCACGAUGACGACUUUAUCAUGGCUGAUGAUCCCAAUCAGGACUCUGAAGAGUUGGGAAUCUACUAUUGGCACGAUCUUUCCUGCAUGGACUGCCCCUGCAGGGAUGAGGUCGAGUCCAUAACACAGCCUCCCACUACCUUUCUACGAUCUGUCACGUCUGCAUCUACAGAAUCUGUCACCACUCAAGAACCAUCUUCAAUACUGGUAACAACAGCAAACCCACCUCGUCCUUCUGCAGCGACCUAA